AGGGGCUUAUGCUGUAGUGCCGGUCAUUCGGAUUCUUACCACAGAUCAUGGUGGAGCUUUCCAUUUCUAUAGCUUUUCACCCCUCACUGUAACAUUUUAAUUUGCAAGCCUUAAUCUUGAUUUUGAAAACAGAUGAAUGUAUAUUUUCAAGACCAGAGCCUCUUAAUUGAGAAAGACUGAUUUUUGUUUUGGGAUGUUACCUUGACCAGUGAGAUACUGCUCUAUCCUUAUAUUUUAGAUCCUGUUGUUGGUCGCUACUGUUCCCUUCUUCCGCUAACGUUUCUUUCUCAGUGGACUUUUUGUGAACUGUUCUAUAUGAUUUAGAUAAGUGGAAACAAUUGCUUCCCUCUCACACUCACAUCCUGCUUUCAGAGGGGAAAAGGUAUGGGUGAUUGAGAUUCAAAGAACGAAUUCCUUCCUUUACUAUUAAGGAAACAUUUUUGAGCAGGGUUAUGUCUUGCCACUGGUGAGGACGCACGGAAGACUUAAAGACCCUCCAGGUGACUCUUUCAGCUAUUGCAUGACUGCACAACCCUGACGCAUCUGCGGAGGACGAGACUGCAGCAAUGGAAAGUAUUUCAAAUGAAAGUGACAUUUGGCAGUUCAAUGAAUCUUGGAGGAACUCGAGUCUCAUUAACGGAACCGGUGGCUUGAAUCAGACAAACCCCUUGAAGCGGAAUGAAGAAGUGGCGAGGGUGGAGGUGACUGUGCUCGCCUUGGUCCUCUUUCUGGCACUCGCGGGUAACCUGUGCGUCCUGUUGGCUAUCCACACAACCAAACACAGCCAGUCUCGUAUGUAUUAUUUUAUGAAACACCUGAGCAUCGCCGAUCUGGUUGUGGCGAUAUUUCAAGUUCUCCCUCAACUUAUCUGGGACAUUACAUUUCGGUUCUAUGGACCAGACAUCUUGUGCCGGUUGGUGAAAUACCUGCAGGUCGUUGGGAUGUUCGCCUCCACUUAUAUGUUAGUUUUGAUGUCUAUAGACAGGUGUUUGGCAAUUUGUCAGCCCCUCCGUUCUUUGCACAGGAGAAAAGACCGUUUAUAUGUCAUAUUUUCCUGGAUCCUGAGUCUGCUCUUCAGUAUCCCGCAGAUGUUCAUCUUUUCCCUGAGGGAGGUUGGCUCGGCCGGAUCAGGGGUGUAUGACUGCUGGGGCGACUUCGUGAAACCUUGGGGAGCCAAAGCUUACAUCACAUGGAUCAGCCUUACCAUAUACAUAAUUCCAGUGGCCAUACUGAGCAUUUGUUAUGGGUUGAUAAGCUUUAAAAUAUGGCAAAACUUUAAACUGAAAACCAGACGGGAGCAGUGCAUAAACCUGACGCCUAAAACCACCAAAAGCAACACACUGGCCCGUGUAAGCAGCGUAAAGCUCAUCUCCAAGGCGAAAAUCACGACAGUGAAGAUGACUUUUGUGAUCGUGGUGGCUUACAUCGUCUGCUGGACCCCCUUUUUCUCAGUUCAGAUGUGGUCUGCGUGGGAUCCAGCAGCCCCCCGUGAGGCCAUGCCCUUCAUUAUCUCCAUGCUGCUGGCCAGCCUCAACAGCUGCUGCAACCCCUGGAUCUAUAUGUGCUUCGCCGGGCAUCUGUUCCAGGAUCUUAGGCAGAACCUUCUUUGCUGUUCCACCCGCUACCUCAAGUCAUCCCAGUGCCACUGUGAGCGUGACUUUAACUCCAGUCACAAGAGCAACUCUUCAACCUUUGCCAUUAAGAGCACUAGCAGUCAGAGGAGCAUCACACAGACUUCUACCACAUAAGCCCCGGGCCCUCCAUUCCCCUCCUCACACUGUGCCCUCAGCCUUUCACUACGUGCUGUCGACCAUAAAAUAUCCAGCAGUUUGAUUUCUUUAAUGCCUCCUCACUGAGGCUUGCUGUUUAGAAGUGGGAAGACAACAAAAGUCUUAAUUUUUUUUCUGUUUUAUAUCAGAGUGAAGUGGAAAAGGGAUUGUGAUAAAAGAAAAUCUUCAGCCGAGUAUUCCCAGGGGGUAAAGUGUUGUGCUUUAAAACACACAGAGAGAUAAUCACAGACUAAGCUGUAUCUUCAGCUGAUUUAUUUUUUAUUUUUUGUAUUUUCUUCUUACACUUUUCAUUUUAGAUGUACAGUAUAUGUUUGCAAUGCAGAAAAAAUACAGUAUUUAAAAAGCUUUUAAGCACCGUCAGCCACAGCAUUGGUUCAGUUAGUGUCACCAGCAGAGCUUAUGGAUCCUACUUGUCAUGUUGUGUUAUGAUGAAAUCGUUCUUCUGUUGUAAAUACUGCACAGCACAUUGUUCAUUUUGUCACAUUUUCAGUGGACUGCAUACCUGUAAAAAAUGUAAAACGUUACUUGAGUUCUUGUUAGAUGUGAGAUGCAAUGCCUGUCACCGGUAAAUAUUUUCAAAAAACAUAUAAAAAAAUAAAGAAUGAAAGCGACCAAAAAUACACUCAUGAUAGAAUUAUUUAAACACAGCUGACGCUCAUUAGUUUUCCUUUUGCCUCCUGAAAAUAGUCUAAAUAGAUUCUUGGCAUAACAUUCAAGCUGGGAACAUCCUGUUUCAGCCCCAAAGUUCAGUAUAGGGUUGAGACCUGACCUGGUCACUAAUGAGUGACUCAUGUUUCUGUGAGAUACCUGGAGGCAACAGUUGCUGCAUGACAUGAAAAUAAAAUAAGCUGUGACUAAAUAA